UUCUGAGAACAUUAAAAAAUCGUUACAAAAAAUUUUAGUUAACAAAAAUAUUAUUCAGCGCAGGUUGCCACUAAAUUUGAUUUGCUCCUUUAAAAGAAAAAUGGAUGAAGCACGUUCACUAUAUGAACAAGAUGAGGAUCUCUUGAAUGCAGAGAUUGAGAAGUUUGUUAACAAGUGUUUAGAACGCAAUGGUCCCUUAAUUGAAACUUAUGAUGGAAAACCUAUAAAUGAAGCUAUUCAUGUCUCAGCACCCUUGACUGAGGAUAAAGAUAAGAUGUUAGUUGCUGAUGGCGAAGUCGCUGGAGCAAUGGGACCUUCCUGUUCAAUGCAUGCGUCUAAUCGAAUGUAUAAUGGCUUAGCUGCUUGCAGUGAAGUAAAUACAUUGGUGGAACUUUUUGCUGGAACUGUGAUUGAUGAACAACCUUUUCCUGUUCAAGAACAAAUGCAGUAUAUGUCUGUUGAUGAAAUCAACGCACAGAUGGACGAUCUACCAGGUCCUAGCACAUCUAAAAAAAACACUGAUUGAAUUAAUCAGUGGUCAAAAUCAAAAGAUGUAACUUUCCACAUAUUUACUAUUCCAAGCAUUAUUUGAAAUAUCGAUUAUGUUUUGAUGCUUUUUUAUGAUUACUGCAAUAAAAUACAAUUACGAUAUUAA